CUUUUCAAAUCUAUCAAAUGAAUUGUGCUCUUCUUGCUGGAUGAAAGGACUCCGAUCCGGGAAAGACUCGUAGAUCUACGAGGUGAUCACUCAUGAGCAGUAGCUUACGUUCAGCGCAAGCAGACGAGCCGUGUACAGUACGACUGUUAUUUUUCCACUCAAUCUCGUCGUUUCACAGUAGCAAGCCUCUUUUUCGGGCAAAAUUUUAGAUUGCAUGCCUAGCCAUGACUGGUUUGGUGUCAUCCAUCAUUGCUUUUGGUCAAUAGGAAUGCUGGAUAUUGGUUUGAGCAGAAAAAGAGUUAGGUGGACUGCUCAUAUCUGACUGCAGUAGAGCCGAUUUCUAGCACUAUUCCGCAAUGCCUAAAGCCUCGGACCAACCCACACCGUCCAAGAAGCAAAGGAGCUCAGCGAAGAAGCCGAGUGAUGCAAGCAAGAAGGACCCUCCUAAGGAGUCGCAGACCCCCAAAAAGAAAGAGACGGAAGAACAGCAACGCAAAGAGAGGUGGCGGACGUUAGUAGCAGAGAAGGGUGCCAUUCCUUGUGAACAUGAGGGAUGCACAGUGUCACUGACCACUGUUCCUGGUAUGAUAUAUCAUUUCAAGACCUGUCGCGUUUUCAAGGAGCGUCAGAAAGCACUGAUUGCUGCUACGAAGCCACCGCCAAGUGGUCAUGGUCCCUGCUGGACACGUCCAAGUGAUGUGGCACCGCGUCUCCUUGAUCUGGUUUCCCUCAGCACCGAGGUUAUUUGUUCCUGGUCACCUACUAAAUUGAAAUCAUUGACACAAGCGAUAAAAGUCAAGUGUCGCCAGUGCGGUGUCUGGCUAUCAUCGUAUCUAUUGCUGGCAGUGCACUACAAGACAUGCAAUCCCUACUGCAGCCACACCAGUUCGAAGGUCGCUGGCUACACUUGCUCUGAUUGUCAAAUGUGGUAUAUGUAUAGACGGGAACUUGAUGCGCACACCUCGGCCCAGCACAAGAAGGUUAACACUGAUGAGAUUGACGAGAAGGAGCGUAUAAGAAACUGGCGUACAGCAGUGGGUAGUGGGGAACAUAUCAAGUGCAGCUAUGAGAACUGCGAUUUGGAAUUUGCUACUGUCUCGGAGGCGAAGUACCACUACAUUAAUUGCGAAGUGCAAAGAAGGAAAUUAGGUUCAUCUACUCAGGCCACUUUAGCAAAGGCACGCGCUGCCGCCAGAGAUGCUGGAAACGACUCUGAUGAAGGUGUUGAAGUGAAGGUUGUUGAUGGCAGGGGCAAGGGCCCGACAGACGAGUUCACUACUGAGCAGAUGACAUUUUGGAAAAGCGAGCUUACGGAAAGCGGGGCGAUUAAGUGCUUGACUCCUAACUGCGAAGCCAGGCUACGAUCAUUGACAGCUAUCAAGUAUCAUGUCAAAGUGUGCUAUGAGUUCACAGCGGAAGAUUGCACAUGCAAGCUCUGUAGUCAAGUCCUGGAGUCGCCACGGCUCCUCGGGGCCCACACAAGAGCACACAAAAGGAAGGAGCGUAAAGAGAAAGAAAAGCUGGAGAAGAAGGAGAAAGGAAAGGCAUCAUUGUGGGACGAUGAGCCAAUCACAAUGUUUGGCCGUCGAAAGUCAGCUAUGAAGUGUUUGCAGCAAGGAUUCGCUGAGAAAGCAGGCAGUGGCGAUAAUUCGGACGAUGACAAUGAUCUUGAGAAGUCACUUCUGACAUUCUCCGAAGCUGACCUUUGCUCAUUUCAGAGUAUGCUGGCGGAGAAGGGUCAUGCCAAUUGUGUUUUGGAGGAAUGUAAAGAGCAAUUUAGCACGCUUGGUGACUUGAAAGAGCAUUAUCGGCAGAAGCAUCCACAUCUGCUGGUGAUUCCGAGAGGAGUCAAACGAAAGCACAAGCGACAAGAACACACAAAGGACAAUUCUUUCCAACUGCACCAGGCUGACAUGGAUGAGGCACUCAAGAGUGAAGCAGAGAAUGAUGAAGCAGUCGAGAGCCUAACAGAAGAUGAGGAUGACAGUGACGGGGAACUUGGCAGUCGUCAUGGCAAGCGCACCUAUCCAUCCCGUAGUGAACGCUCUGUCCCAUUUCAACCAUGGGCUGAGAGCAAUCGCAAGACCCAUCGUACAUUCAGAUUGAACAACGACAGCUCUUCUGGGACUGUACUCUUUGAACGGGUUGCCUGUGUAGCUAAGGACUGGACACCAAUGUCUGAAAGCAAGGCAACUGAAUACCUGUCAGUGAUUGAUGAAGUGUCACCACCAUUCUGCUGUCCGGGCAGUAAGACCACUGUGCAGACACUGACACGUUUCUCAUCAAUGUCAUACCAAGGUGGCCGUGAUAAGCAAGUAUACCGCAUCCACAACACUUGCCCAAGUACAGAUCAAAGUCAUCUCCUUAUGUCUAUAGCGUAAAGAGUUUCACGAAACUAUCUUCGUCACGGUCAGCGCAGACACCACCAAGAGGGCAGGCAUUGGGUGUGGCGUGGCACCCCAAGCAACCACAUCGUUACUUGGCCACUGCUUUUGCACUUGGUCUGGUGUGUGUCUGGGACUUGGCUACAACUAGUCCAUUGCUGUUUGUCAACUCCAGCAGUGGCCCGGAAAUUUUCUGUCAGAAGAUGAUGCAGGCUGAGUGCAGUGCCGUGCGUAGCCUUAGCUGGUGCCCCAGCGAAGAAAACCUAUUGGCAGCAGGCUUCCAGGAUGCAUCCUUCCACAUUUGGGAUGUUUCCAACCCAAGCUACCCGAUCUAUUCUGUCCAGCUUCCUGGUCCAGCAACGGUUAUAUCCUGGCUACCACACUGGCCAUGUAUUCUUGUUGGCAUCGAUGGAUCUCUUGGGCACCACGGUGAUUGUCUGUAUGCCAUGAGGUGGAAGUGGGAUGAAACUUGUCAUACAAAGCGGCCCAUUCAGGUUGCCAGUGGAAUCACAAUGUCGCUGAGUGAGCCAUCUGGAAGUGGCAUAGUUGCAGUGGGCAGUGCCCAUGGUCAUGUGACACUUAUUUCUCUGCCAUCACCCAGCUGUUCAUGGCCAUACAAUGUGGGCUUGAGGGGUCUCAAGGCUGUUCAGAUCCGCCGGAGUCCAUCAACAGUAAAGUAUGCGUCGCCCUCUGGCAAGAAGGCGGCAGACGGUGCCUCCGUGGAUGGCAGCGGCCUACCUUCUACCAGCACCACUGUGCUGCCACCGCCGACGUCUUCAAGCAGCAAUGGCACGUUGCAAGCUGGGGGAACACCGAUGGACACCACUGCUGAGCCCCAAGCUGAUAGCUCAGCAAAUUCUGUUCCAAGUCCAAGUCUCACGACUAGCUUGAGCACACUAGACUAUGCUGGUGUGCGUGCAUUCAGCAUGGAUGCUGGCUCAGGCAUCUAUCUAGCAGAGAACUCGACAAUCAUGACGUUUGCUCGUCAGCAAGCAAGUGCUGUGUCUAAAGCUGGCAGCAAUGCUGUUCUCUACACGGAUAUCACUGCAUCGUUGCUACCAGCUAUACUACAGGUGGCAUGGAACAAGAAGCAGGAGGGAUGGCUUGCCACUGCCACUGCAUCCGGUGUGAUCAUGGUGGAUGAUUAUGGUAGCCUAACAUAACAAUGCAAGCAUGUUUGCUCCCCCCCCCCCCUUAAACUGGCCUGUACUGUAUGUAGCGUGCUUGAAAGCACCGUCGUCAGCUGCAACUUGCUUGAAAGCACCGUCGUCAGCUGCAACUUGCUUGAAAGCACCGUCGUCAGCUGCAACUUGCUUGAAAGCACCGUCGUCAGCUGCAACUUGCUUGAAAGCACCGUCGUCAGCUGCAACUUGCUUGAAAGCACCGUCGUCAGCUGCAACUUGCUUGAAAGCACCGUCGUCAGCUGCAACUUGCUUGAAAGCACCGUCGUCAGCUGCAACUUGCUUGAAAGCACCGUCGUCAGCUGCAACUUGCUUGAAAGCACCGUCGUCAGCUGCAACUUGCUUGAAAGCACCGUCGUCAGCUGCAACUUGCUUGAAAGCACCGUCGUCAGCUGCAACUUGCUUGAAAGCACCGUCGUCAGCUGCAACUUGCUUGAAAGCACCGUCGUCAGCUGCAACUUGCUUGAAAGCACCGUCGUCAGCUGCAACUUGCUUGAAAGCACCGUCGUCAGCUGCAACUUGCUAUGUCUAUUUUGCUCCACUAUUGUCUGUACUAUGUUGAUAGAGCUAAGUAAUAUGAUUUACACACUUACUUGACUUCUGACUGCUGCUAAUCGAACGACCAUGUUCCUCUUUGCAAUGUCACCAUGUUCUUGUUUCUACAGUUUUGCUUAACCAACUUGACACUCUCCAGUAUCUCUCUCCUCAUCCUCCCCUCUUUCUCUCUGUCUCUCGCUGUCUCUCGCUGUCUCUCGCUGUCUCUCGCUGUCUCUCGCUGUCUCUCUCUGUCUCUCUCUCUGUCUCUCUCUCUGUCUCUCUCUCUCUGUCUCUCUCUCUGUCUCUCUCUCUCUCUCUCUCUCUCUCUCUCUCUCUCUCUCUCUCUCUCUCUCUCUCUCUCUCUCUCUCUCUCUCUCUCUCUCUCUCUCUCUCUCUCUCUCUCUCUCUCCCUCCCUUUCCGCUAUUGCCAUCUUUGUUUCCUUCUACAUGUGACAGGUCAGUAUCUUGAAAAUGACUCCACUGGAUAAAACCUGCAGUUGUUUGUUGUUGGUCCGGUGAUGUAUUGCGAUGUCUUAUGUGUCUGCGACCGGUUAUGCUAUGGAGUAUGGGCCCCGCAUUGUGCACCCCCUACCAAUUUCGACCUACACUACACUACACUACUA